AUGCAGGACACAGCGACCAGUGGUGAUAUGGAAUUGCUCAAUGCUCUACUCGAAGGGGAGUGUUCGAUUGAGAUCACAUCCUCAGCUCUACAAGCCGCCUCUGAGGGCGGUCACAUUGAAGCCGUUAAGAGACUUCUUAUGGCAGGAGCCGACGUAAAUGCAGAGCCUCAAGCUGAUGGCCAGACUGCUCUAUAUGCUGCUUCUAGCAGAGGCCAUAUCGAAGUCGUUGAGCGAUUGCUUGCUGCAGGAGCUGACGUAAAUGCAAAGCCUUCAGCUGGUGGCUGGACUGCUUUGCGUGCUGCUUCUAGCAGAGGCCAUAUCGAAGUCGUUAAGCGAUUGAUUGCUGCAGGAGCCGACGUAAAUGCAGAGCCUCAAGCUGAUGGCCAGACUGCUCUAUAUGCUGCUUCUAGCAGAGGCCAUAUCGAAGUCGUUGAGCGAUUGCUUGCUGCAGGAGCUGACGUAAAUGCAAAGACUUCAGCUGGUGGCUGGACUCCUUUACUAGCUGCUUCUGAAGGAGGCCAUUCUGAAGUCGUUAAGCGAUUACUUGCUGCAGGAGCUGAACUGGUGGCUGGACUGCUCUAUAUGCUGCUUCUGAAUGGGGCCAUAUUGAAGUCGUUGAGCGAUUACUGGUUGCAGGAGCUGAUGUACAUGCAAAGCCUUCAGCUGGUGGUUGGACUGCUUUACGAGCUGCUGCUGAAGGAGGCCAUAUCAAAGUCGUUGAACGACUACGACGUGCCGGAGCUUAUCGACUACAGUAAGACGGAUAGAUAUGAGGAAGAUGGGAUUGCGUGA